AUGAGUUCCUCAUUAGAGAGCCGCACUGCAGAACCCAGAGAUGCUUUGGGAGAUAAUACUUCUGUAAAAAGUUCCAUAAUAAAGAGCUCUCGUGCAAAUGCAUCAUGCAGUGUCCAUUUUUCUUCGCAAUCUGCUGAAGCGCAGAGGAGACUUUCGUAUUACUCGAAGAUUCAAAAUGUUUUGAGUAACCCCGCCAUGGCAGAAUUCCGCGAUGUGUUUCAACUGAAACGUGGAAGCUAUGCAGAUCUCCCUCCUGAAAAAAUCUCAGAGAUGAUGAAAUCAAAGGCUCUAGAUAAUGCUCCUACUCAGUCGCUUUUAAGUGUUGUGAAUGGUAUUCUAGAAGAAGGUGUUGAGAGAAGAAAUGGUGAAAUACCUCCUCGUGUGGCUUGCUUGCUGAGAAAAGUGGUGCAAGAGAUUGAACGUCGCAUUGCAACACAGGCAGACCAUUUACGAACUCAAAACAAUCUUUUUAAGGCUCGUGAAGAAAAAUUCCAGUCGAGAAUUAAAGUACUUGAAGCUCUUGCAUCUGAAACUACGAAAGAGAGUGAGGUGUCUACGGACCAGGUUCAGCAGUUGAAGAUUGAGAAGACCAGAGUGGAACAUAACAAGGCUGAUGAGGAAAAUAUUAAUAGGUUGAUGAAAGAGCAGGAUCAGAAAAAUAUGGAAAUUUCAAGGUUGAAGCAAGAAAUGGGAACAAUGAAAACGAGAUAUGAGGAAGAUUUUUCAAGGUUGAAGCAAAAAAUGGAAACAAUGGAAACUAGAUAUGAAGAAGAUAGGAUGAAGGUCAAUGAGGAAGAUGUCAACAGGUUGAUGAAAGAGCAAGAUCAGAAAAAUAUGGAAAUUUCAAGGGUGAAGCAAGAAAUGGAAACAAUGAAAUCCAGAUAUGAGGGUGAUGUUAGUAAGUUGAAGAAAGAGCAGGACCAGAAGAACAAGGAAAUUUCAAGGUUGAAGCAAGAAAUAGAAACAAUGAAAAGCAAGUACGAGGAAGAUAGGAAAAAGGCUAAUGGCGAAGUUGCUAAUAGGUUGAUGGAAGAGGAAGAUCAGAAAAAUGUGGAAAUUUCAAGGGCUAAGCAAGAAAUAGAAACAAUGAAAUCCACAUAUGAGGGUGAUGUUAGUAAGUUGAUGAAAGAGCAGGACCAGAAAAACAUGGAGAUUUCAAGUUUGAAGCAAGAAAUGGAAACAAUGAAAAGCACAUAUGAAUUACGCUGCUCACAGUUGGAAAAAGAAGCCAAAGGUGCUAAAGGAGAAAUAGAACACAAGUCACAAGAAUAUGAACAUUUGUUGAAAGAUCUAAGAACUAAGGUGAAGCAGGUUGAGGCCUGUUUUGAGUCAGAAUGUCAGAAGUGGAACGUGAAACAGAACAACCUGCAUAAUUCUUUGGAUUUCCAAUUCAGCAUAGUACAGCAAUUGAAGUUGUCUUGGAAAUCUGUCAAACAAGAUGUCAUGCAAGAGAAGAGGGUCUACUCUGACGAAUGUAAUAGGUUAGGUCUAAGUCUUCAGCCACUUGUAAAGGCAGCUGAGAACCAUCAUGCUGUUCUUGCUGAAAAUCGAAAACUGUUUAAUGAAAUUCAAGAAUUAAAAGGAAACAUCAGAGUUUAUUGCCGAGUCAGACCAUUUCUUCCUGGACAAAAGGAAAAAAAGUCUAUUGUAGAACAUGCUGGUGAAAAUGAUUUGGUUGUGGCUAAUCCAGCCAAACAAGGGAAAGAUGCCCUUCGAUCAUUUAAAUUCAAUAGGGUUUUCGGUCCAACCACAACUCAAGUGGAAGUCUACUCUGACAUCCAACCCUUUGUACGAUCAGUACUUGAUGGAUACAAUGUAUGCAUAUUUGCUUAUGGACAAACUGGUUCAGGGAAAACUUACACAAUGAGUGGCCCAAAUGGAGCAACAAAUGAGACUUAUGGUGUUAAUUAUCGAGCUCUAAAUGACCUCUUUAGCAUUUCUGAGAGCAGAAGGAGUUCUAUAGUCUAUGAGAUUGGGGUUCAAAUUGUUGAGAUAUAUAAUGAACAAGUGCGAGAUUUGUUAUCAUCUAACGGCACUCAGAAGAAACUUGGGAUAUCGAAUCACUCUCAGCACAAGGGUUUAGCCGUACCAGAUGCCAACAUGGUCCCUGUGAAAUCAACUUCAGAUGUGAUGGACCUAAUGGACCUUGGGCUAAAAAAUAGGGCCAGCAGUGCCACCGCUAUGAAUGAAAGAAGCAGCCGCUCUCACAGUGUGGUCUCCAUUCAUGUUCGGGGGACGGAUGUAAAGUCUGGUUCUAGUCUAUUUGGCAAUCUUCAUUUGGUAGAUUUGGCAGGAAGUGAAAGGGUCGAUCGCUCCGAAGUAACUGGGGAUAGGCUCAAGGAAGCACAACAUAUAAACAAAUCACUGUCUGCCCUUGGAGAUGUCAUAUCUGCCCUUUCUCAGAAGAGCGCCCAUAUACCAUACAGAAACAGCAAGCUUACUCAACUCCUGCAAAGUUCUCUUGGUGGCCAAGCAAAAACACUUAUGUUUGUCCAAGUCAAUCCAGAUGUAAAUUCAGCUUCAGAAACUCUAAGCACAUUAAAAUUUGCUGAGAGGGUUUCCGGAGUUGAGUUAGGAGCUGCACGAAGUACCAAAGAGGGCAGAGAUGUUAGAGAAUUAAUGGAGCAGGUGGCUUCUCUCAAGGACACCAUUUCUGAAAAAGAUGAAGAAAUUGAGAAGCUACAAUUACUCAAAGAUCUGAAGAAUAGCGGAACAGGCUCCUCUUGA